UCGAAGUCAACAUCAUGGCCGCGGCUUCUCAUGAGUUUCGACAGAAGCAUCCAAAAAACCGGAAGAAUAAGUUUAAGUUGGUCUUUGAUGAAGAAAACAGAGCUGAAUUUCUCUCUGGAUUUCACAAACGUAAGGAAGAAAGAAGGAAGAAAGCUCGAGAUGAUGCAGAAAGAAAAUUGAAAGAGGCCAAAAGGAAAGAAAGAGAAGAAAGGAGGAAAAUACUCAAACAGAAAUUGCAUCGAUAUCAGAAUUCUGCGUCUUUUCAUGCACUUGAUGGUUUACUGAAUCCUGAACCCACUAUGUAUGACCACCCAGAGCACACAGUUACCGUGACAACUAUCACAGAUGUGAAUCUGGAUGAAAAUUUCAUAGGUUCAAAUGAGGUUGAUUAUGUGAAAGAUGAAGAGAAAAAUGGAGAUGAAGCAGAAACCACAGAAGACAAACACAAAAAAUCAAAAUUAACACAGAUGAGCAAGAAGAAGAAGCGCAUUAGAUUUAUGCAGUUGAAAAAGAUUAACAAAAAUAAAUCCAAGAAAAAAGGACAGGCUGGACGGGAAAGAAAGAAAAAAAAGAAAAAGUGAAUUUAUGAAGAUAUCAAUAAAAUAUGUUUGUUUCAACAAAGUAAAAAGU